UGCAGUUUUCUUGUUUUAAAAUUGUUUUAAACAAUUGACAAUUGUGUUAUAGAUAUUGUGCUUACCAAUUUGUGUACCAGCUCGUUAAUUAUUAGCCUAUUCCCGUAACCAGGAUUUGCAGGUUUUACAGGAAAAGCUGUUUCCGCCUUUAAUACAACUUGUAUGAACGUGGCGGACGGAAACCUUCCUGUAAAACUUGCAAAUCCUGGAGUACGGGAAUAGGCUAUAUGAUAACCCACAUGUUCCUUCAAAUAUCACAUCACUUUUGGAUUCAUUUUACAUGGUCGUAUAGAAAAUGGACGCACUUUAACAAUUUAAAGAAUCUCGCAGGAAUAGCUUGGUGUUUUGUGGACAAUAACAAAAAUGGAUUCAAAUAUAAGAAAAAGUCGCCUUCCAAACUUUACCAGCGCGGAGGAGACUUUAUUAAUAUCUUUGGCCGAGCAGCACGCCAUGAUUUUAGAAAAUAAAAGGACUGAUGCUGUAUUCUGCGAGGAGAAAAAAAAGGUGUGGGAGAAAAUUGAUGUUGCGUUUGAGGCCCAGAUGGGUGUUAAAAGAGGGCCGAAGAACUUGCGAGAAAAAUACGAAAAUUUGAAACGAAAAGCAAGAAAGUCCCUAGCCGAAGAGAGAAGGGAAAUGUACAAAACAGGUGGUGGCCAAUUCCGAAGCUAUACUGACUCCAACACAGACAGGCUAGCAGCUUUAAUGGGCCAGUCGGCAACCGGCUUGUCCAACAGUUUUGAUAGUGAUGUCAUUACAUAUGAAAUAGAGACGAUAGCAGAAAAUGACGCCGUUCCCGAAAUUUUGGAGGACUCCAUGAGAAGCUACACAGCGGAGCCAGUUGAAGCAACUGAGGCCGUAGAAAAUGACAUUACAACCGAUUGGAGCGCAUGGAACCCAACACUGCUUAAAAAGAAGAAAUCAGAAAAACUAGCGGUGAAAAAUGAAAAGGGAAAGCAAAAGUUUGACCAUCAACAAGCUUUCUGGGAAGAUGAGAACAAGAGAGCAGCCGAAAGACAUCAGUGGGCCAAAAAAAAACACGAAUUAGAGAUUUCGGAAGCAGAGAUGAAGUUAGAACUUUUACAAAUUGAUAUGAAAUUAAAAAACAGGCAAAGUGAAAGUCAGUGUACAUAGACAACAGAGUAUAUAUAAAUUAGAAAGGUGAAAGAGUUCCUUAUCAACACCUGAAGUUGCUUUAUUCGUACAUAUAUAUUUAUUUUUAUCAAUGAGCUCGAUGUAUUCCAAACGGUUAUGUUACGUUUUCCUCCAAAAUUUCGGGAACGUUAUCAUUUUCUGCUAUCGGCUCUAUUUAAUAUGGAAAGACUGAAAUACCAUUAAUAUUUAGUUUUUUGAAAAUUAUUAUUUAAUUUUAUUUAUAUAAAACUCAUUUGGAAGGUAUUUUCAGUGUCAAGAGUAUGCAUACGCAGAUGUUUCGAUGAUUUUUAUUUAUUUACACUAUUAUUGCGCAUUGUUGGUGCUGGCUGUAUAUUCCAAAUGGGUUCAAUGGAAAAACAGUGCCGAUUUUUUUAUGAAGAGUGAUGCACUCGAAUAUACUUACAUAUA